AAUCUUAUUUAUAGGCAUAUCAUUAAUUUUUUAUUUUAUUUUUUUUCUUUAUUACAUUAAGAUGAAGGGAAAUGUGGAAAGAAGAUAGGGACAAGAGAAAACUCAGAAGAGAAAUUUUUAAAAAUUGUACUUUUAAAAAAAACUAUUUUUAAGAGUUUUCUCUCCUAAUUUUCUUUCAUUCCUAACUAUUUUCUUUAAUCCAAACGAAAGGCAAAUGUUGGUAAGAAAAAAUAUAUUGAUAAAGUUUGUAUAUUAAAUAAAAGCAAAGUUGAAAAACUUUUUAAGUAUUUAAAAAGAAUUACUGAUUUGUAAUUUCUUUUUUGAUUCCAACAAAAUAAAUUAAAACUGCUUUGUAAAUAAGAUGGAUGAAGUGUAUGUGCAUAUAUAUAAUCAUUUGUUUAGGAUUGUGUAAUCUAACUUUGGCCUCCUUGAAAUCUUGUGUUGGUUCCGCCCCAGCUUCCACACAAAUGAUUACUAAAGCUCUAUCCUCCAUUUGGGCAACUUCCUAUGAAACUGUCUAAAAUACUCAAAACUAGACUCCAUUAAAUUAACCAACGGCGCGAUCUGUAGAAGGAGAAAGAUGCGCUAUGACGUGAUUUACAAGCCUGUCUUUAGCAUGAAUGUUGAGAAAUAACAGAAUGCAUGUCGAGUUAGUUUGGCGCGAGUUUUCUUUCCUCGAUAGUCUGCCUAUUUUUCCUUUUGCCAAUGAAGGACAUUUCAGUCAUUUUGCUAGAGCAAUCUAUUUAAGUUCAACCCCAAAAUCUUGCAGAGUAAAUUAACUGGUCACUAUAGUCCUUAAAUAAAAUUUUCUCGAAGGAACUUUUUAAAAGCCGCUGCCAGGUUGGGCAAAGGCAAGAUUGUCCAACUAAUAUGGCUACCAAACUAAAGUAAUUUCCUUCGACGACGUAUUUAAAACGACAUCGUGCGUCUUUACCGCUCACCCAAUCUGGUUAAGACUUUCAGGGAGGAGGCUCAGCGUCAGAUCAGGGUGCUCCUGUUCCUGCUAAAUCCCUAAAUUCUUAUUUAAUUUUUGGCGUUCCUUUGUGCCUCGUGCUCUCAAGUUCAGUCUUCGCUCUUAAGUGCUUCUUGGCUUCUGGCCUCGCCUUCUUGUGGUGUCGGACACUGGCUGUUCCGGCCGUCUUCUCCUCUGGCCUGGCGGCUUGGUGGAGUGCAAUCUGGUGUCUGGGCUUCUGUUUCUUAUCCGCUGUUCAGAUGCAAUUCUCCUCUUCUCGCCAAUCACUUCCUCGCAAACUGCCGCAAGACACUGAUCCCAACCUCAAUUUGUCUUGGGCAUACCAUAGACAUUUUUCUUUAAACAUAAAAGAGUAGUGCCUGUUCAUCUAGUUUUUAUUCACAAUCUAGUUUGGAAGCAUAUGCAUAUAAGAUGGGUUCUCGUGAAAGGCCAUUUUUUGAUCUCAAUGAACCACCUGCAGAGGAUAGUGAUGAGAAGGAUGAUUCCUUUUCCUUCCGGCCUCAAAAGGCACUCCCAUCUGCAAAUCUCCAUGCUUCUGACUUGCUUGUGAAAUCAGCAGGUAUCCAAGGGAUAGUAAAUAAUCGUGCCUUUUCACAUGCAUCUUCUUUCUCAGGAUUUCAGCCUUUUGUUCGGUCUAAAACAAUUUGUAUCCCUGAAGGAGAUUAUGGGUCAUUGAGAUCAGGAGAUCAUAAUGCAAAUGCUUACUUAUCAUCUAAGAAUAGUAAAGAUGAGGAUAUGAGAGUUAUGGAGCCAAAAAUACUGAAUUCUGCAAAUUCUCAAUUUUUGGAGAGAGAAGAGGGGGAAUGGUCUGAUGCUGAGGUCUCUGGUAAUGUGAAGGGUUGUAAUAAUUUGCUUCAUCAAGGCAAAACUUCAGAAGAGCAAGCUGUAUCUGAAACAGCAGAGGGACGUUUUUAUGCAGCAGUGGACAGUAACUCUAACAAUAUUAAAGUUUCUGAUAGUGCAACUGAUGAAAAGAAUAGUCAUGGUUCUGUUGGUCUUGAAUCUGGUGGCGUUGAACAAAAAAAUAAUGAUAUGCCAAAUUCUGAGUACAGAGUAAAAGGUGAAGCUUCAGUGUAUGCACAGGAUGAAACUAGUUCAAUUCCCAAACAAAAAGAAGUGAAAGGUAUUGAAGCAGUGCAUGCACUUAAAGGUGCAAAUAAUCCUGGAAAGAGGAAGAUAGACCAACGGAAAGAGGAAAUGUUGGGAAAGAAACGGAAUAGACAGAUUGUGGUUCUUAAUAUGGAAGAUGCCAUGCAAGCAGGUCCUAUUAAAACCUCAACUCCAAGAAGGCAGACUGUCCCAUCAUCUGCUAUAAAGUGUGUUGUAAAGGAAGUCCGCAAUAUUCCUGCACCAGUUGAUCGUGUUAGAGUAGUAAAGGAUCAGAAACAGGCUGACAUAUCUUCUGGUGAAGGUGGCACCCAUAAUGAUACUUAUGAACCUAAAUCUGACUGUAAUGGUGAUAAUUCUGGACUCAUAGGUUUGCCUAAGAGGCUAAAUAGUGAAAAUGAACUUUCAACAGGCGUCAAUUUGCAUCCUGUUCCAAGACAGAACUCAUGGAAACAGCCAAUAGAUUUGAGGCAGCAAAAGAAUGUGCCUGUUUUGAGUAAGAAGUUGGGUCUGCCUGGUCAGAGCUCUAAUGAUGCGAAGCUUGGAAACAAAAAACAUUUUUCUAUCAAGAAGCAAACUCCUGUGAACACUGUGCCUCAGGAUACAUCAGUAGAACGCCUUAUACGAGAGGUGACCAGCGAAAAGUUCUGGCAUCACCCAGGGGAGACUGAGCUGCAAUGUGUACCGGGCCAAUUUGAAUCAUUAGAAGAGUAUGUUAGAGUAUUCGAGCCUUUGCUUUUUGAGGAAUGCCGUGCUCAGCUAUACAGUACAUGGGAAGAGUUAAUAGAAACAGUAUCAAGGGAUACUCAUAUAAUGGUGCGUGUGAAGGCCAAUGAGCCCAGAGAAAGAGGUUGGUAUGACGUGAAAGUUCUUCCAAUACAUGAAUCCAAAUGGACAUUCAAGGAGGGUGAUGUUGCAAUUUUAUCAUCUCCUAGACCUGGUUCAGUCAGAGCCAAGAGGAGCAGCGCAUCUUUCCAGGAUGACAGAGAGCCAGAAAUUACUGGACGUGUAGUGGGUACAAUCAGACGACACAUACCAAUAGAUACCCGUGAUCCACCUGGUGCAAUUCUCCAUUAUUAUGUUGGGGACUCUUGUGAUCCUAGCAGACUUGAUGAUGAUCAUAUCCUAAGAAAGCUUCAAGUUGGAAGCAUCUGGUACCUUACUGUGCUUGGUUCUCUCGCUACAACACAGAGGGAGUAUAUUGCUUUACAUGCAUUUCAUCGUUUAAAUGUGCAGAUGCAAACUGCAAUUCUACAGCCAAGUUCUGAACAUUUCCCAAAAUAUGAGCAGCAGACACCAACCAUGCCAGAUUGUUUCACACAGAACUUUGUUGAGCAUCUGCAUCGAACCUUCAAUGAGCCCCAGCUCUCUGCAAUCCGAUGGGCCGCAAUGCACACUGCUGCUGGUACAAGUAGUGGGACAAUGAAGAGGCAAGAUCCUUGGCCCUUUACCCUUGUUCAAGGACCUCCAGGAACAGGAAAGACACAUACAGUCUGGGGAAUGCUAAAUGUCAUCCACCUGGUGCAGUAUCAGCAUUACUAUACCUCCUUGCUUAAGAAACUAGCUCCUGAAAGCUACAAGCAGGCUAAUGAGAGCAAUUCAGAAAAUGUGCCUGCAGGCUCAAUUGAUGAAGUUCUUCAAAAUAUGGACCAGAAUCUCUUCCGUACUCUACCAAAACUCUGCCCGAAACCAAGAAUGUUGGUUUGUGCUCCUUCUAAUGCUGCCACUGAUGAGCUUCUUGCACGUGUUCUUGAUCGUGGAUUUAUUGAUGGAGAAAUGAAAGUUUAUCGGCCUGAUGUGGCUCGAGUUGGGGUUGAUUCUCAAACACGUGCUGCACAGGCAGUUUCUGUUGAGCGUAGGACUGAACAACUUCUGAUCAAGAGCCGUGAAGAAAUUCUAGGAUGGAUGCAUCAGUUAAAGAAUCGGGAGGCGCAAUUAUCUCAGCAGAUAAGUUGUCUUCAAAGAGAACUAAAUGUUGCUGCUGCUGCUGUUCGUUCACAAGGGUCUGUUGGUGUUGACCCCGAACUUCUCAUGGCCCGGGACCAGAAUCGAAAUGCAUUGCUACAAAACCUUGCAGCUGCCAUUGAAAGCAGGGAUAAAGUUUUGGUAGAGAUGUCUCGCCUUCUUAUUUUAGAAAGCAGGUUCCGUCCUGGUAGUAGUUUCAAUUUAGAAGAGGCCCGUGCUAAUCUUGAGGCAAGCUUUGCGAAUGAGGCUGAGAUAGUUUUUACUACUGUCUCUAGCAGUGGUCGUAAGUUGUUCUCACGCCUUACCCAUGGUUUUGAUAUGGUGGUCAUUGAUGAGGCAGCUCAGGCCAGUGAGGUGGCAAUUCUUCCUCCUCUCUCUCUUGGUGCAGCUCGAUGUGUUCUUGUUGGAGAUCCCCAGCAACUUCCUGCCACAGUUAUCAGCAAGGCAGCUGGAACAUUGUUAUAUAGUAGGAGUCUUUUUGAAAGGUUCCAGCAUGCAGGAUGCCCAACAAUAUUGUUGUCUGUGCAGUAUAGAAUGCAUCCUCAGAUCCGAGAGUUCCCUUCUAGUUACUUUUACCAAGGACGUCUUACUGAUAGUGAAAGUGUGGUCAAGUUGCCUGAUGAAGCAUACUACAAGGACCCUUUACUGAGACCAUAUUUAUUCUAUGAUAUUAGACAUGGGCGAGAGUCUCACAGGGGUGGAUCAGUUUCAUAUCAAAACUUACAUGAAGCACAGUUUUGCCUUCGAUUGUAUGAACAUCUUCAGAAAACAUUGAAAUCUUUGGGCAUUGGAAAAAUCAGUGUUGGCAUAAUUACUCCGUACAAGCUGCAGUUGAAAUGCCUCCAGCGUGAGUUUGAAGAAGUCUUGAGUUCAGAAGAAGGGAAGGAUAUAUAUAUUAACACUGUUGAUGCUUUCCAAGGUCAAGAACGUGAUGUGAUUAUAAUGUCUUGUGUGCGUGCGUCCAAUCAUGGGGUUGGCUUUGUUGCUGAUAUUCGUCGCAUGAAUGUUGCCCUUACCCGUGCAAGAAGGGCUCUUUGGGUCAUGGGAAAUGCCAAUGCAUUGGUACUGUCAGAUGACUGGGCUGCAUUGAUUGCUGAUGCAAAAUCCCGAAAUUGCUUAAUGGACAUGGACUCUCUUCCUAAGGACUUUUUGGUGCCUAAAGGACCUGCUUAUGCACCAUUUCCUAAGGGAUCCUCAAAUAUGAGGAGCUUGAGAUCAAGUGGACCGAGAUAUAGAUCACUGGAAGUGCAAAUGGAAUCCAGAUCAGGAACACCAUCAGAGGAUGAAGAGAAGACAGGCACAUCAGUGAGCUUGAGGAAUGGGAAUCAUCGUCCUUUAAGGUUUUCGAGGGAGAACUCUCUGGAUGCUUUUGAUCAUCUAGGUGAUAAAUCUAGGGAUGCUUGGUAGUAUGGCAUUCUGAAGAAGCCAAGCUAAGCAGGAGCUGCAGGAAAUAAGCAAUGUUUAUUCGUUGUUUACUGGUAGAUUUUAACUCUUGCAUCUUGUGGGAUUCUCAUGGCUUUAUGAGCCAGAUGCAUAGGCUUGGAAGAGGCAGCAGAAUGCAUUGUGCAUUAAACCUUGUUACUAACACUGGAGAAAUGCUUGUGUUGGUUCUGACAAUUUAGUGCAUGUAGCUGGAUGUGCAUGUCAGAUCAAGGUAUUUACCAGACAAUUUAUAUGAAAAUAGAAAAUGAGACAACCUUCUUGAAGGCGGGAAAUACUCAAUUUUUGUGUGGAAAUGGAAGGACACCACAUGAUUCUUUUCAAGGAUUGGAGGAGGCAAUGUGGUGUCAACUGACUUGUACAUACUCACUCUUAUUGUUUUAACAAAUAAUGUCUUAUUUUAUAUUUGAAAAACAGAAAUGUAUCGCUUCGAAAUGAAAAGAAAGGAAAUGUUGGGAUUACUGACUUCUCUGGGUGGUGGUGUUGCGGUUGCCGGAAGUUCAACCCGACGACAGUAUACCUGAAACGAGACUACUGUUGUUGGUAUGUUUCCCUUUAUUUAUCUUGUCACAAUAUGAAACAGAUUAACAUAUGAUAUGGAUGCAGUUUUAAUGUUGAAGCGCCCUAAACUGCCAAAUUUUAAGUGUCAAUUACUAAAAUAUCCUUGUCUCUGUAUUUUUCAAAAGUGCACCAUCCCCAGUCACCAAAGCCAUCAUGCCAACAAGAGGCUGCCACCACUGGUAGCCGGAGCUCUGGCACUAGCAAUGGCAAUGAUGGUCAAAUUCCAGCCAAUUGUGCUAAUAGGGAUUUGAACCCUUGACUCCUUGGUUCCCUAAAAUAUAGAAGGCCAUUGAACUAAUAAGCUCUUCAACUUAUGUAGUGCAAUUUAUAUGCACCAUAACUUUCAUUUGUUGUAAAUUUUGGACAAUUGUUGAUAAUUUAGUUAUCGAUGUUUGUCAUUACUAAAUACUUUUAUUUUUGAUCAACAAUAUUGCAAGUUAUUGAGAGGAAUAUAAUAUAAUCUUUUCUAGUUUUACAA